CAAAACUGUCACUACAUUGUCUGUCUUCCUCUCUGCAGUUAGCAGCACCUGCAAUGCUCUCUUGGAUCACUUUCUGGAAGAAAGCUACUUGGAGCAGCUGUUUCCUCAUCAUUUGGGUUCAGAAGAUUACAGUCAAAAUACGUCAUGUGAUUUCGAGUCACCGUGCCUCUGGGCUUCAUCAAAUCACACUGAUCAAAGCGACUGGUCGGUGAUGUCACCACAGCAGCAGAAAGGCGCUCAUGCUGGGAUGAUGCCUGUUACUGACUACUCAGUGGGAAGCCCUCAAGGGCACUUCCUGCACUUAAGCUCCUCCCCUGCCGCAGAGGCCUCUGGGACAUGUGAGUACCACCUAACCAGCCCAGUCCUGCCAGGAAGUAACAGGGACUGCAUGUUGCAGGUGGCUCUGUAUGAGGCCGUUCCAGCGUGGGGGAACCUCACGGUCCUGAUUAAGCCAGUCCUCUCAGGUUCAGCUGUUCGAUCUGUGGUUCUGAACAACAAGAGACGUGAUGAGCGCAGGGGUGAGUGGGAGGUUCUAGAGACUAUGAUUGGCCAGGUGGAGGAAGCCUUCCAGGUGACCCUGCUCUACACUUCCUGUUUGGGGAACGAUGGGACUACUGUGGCGCUGGAUUCUCUGGAGCUCAUAGACUGUGACUCAGAUCCGAUCGACGGGCUGGAUGAUCCAUGUGGGGAAUCUUUCCACUGUGAGAACUCAGGAGGCUGCAUCGACCAUAGCCUAGUGUGCAACUUCCACACCGACUGCCCAUUAGGAGAGGAUGAGGGCUUAAUCUGUGCUGGUCUUCUGUCUGGAUCACACUGUUCGUUUGAACUGGAUACCUGUGGCUGGUCCGUGUCUAACCAUCACUCAGCCUGGCGAAGGGUCACUGGAGACGAGUUUCUGGAGGAGGGAGACAUGCAGGGUGUAGCUCUGCAGCGUACACCAGGGCACUUUCUGUUUCUGCAGGUAAGAGAAAGUAAUCCUCUUCGAGAAGCGUCCAUUCAGAGCUCCCCUUUUCCUCCUCCAGUGUCUCCCGCUGCAUGUCAGGUGCGAUUUUCUUUGUACCUGUACGGGGACUUUAACGGUUCGUUGGUGGUGGCAAUAGAGAAGAAUGGGACCUCCACCGCACCACUUGUCUGGGAGAAAAAUGGUCAGUGGACGGAUGACUGGGAAGACGUCGCCCUGCAGCUGACUGGUCUUCAUUAUGGGUUCCACGUGAAGGUGACAGCUGUGUGGGGGGAAGGUUCUAACGCUGAUGUCGCUCUUGAUGACAUUGCCGUUGGAGCAGCCUGCUUUAACAAAGAUCUCAACUCUCUCUUUACCAUGGAGGACUUUGAGGAUUUUUUAAGCCCUCUUCCAGAGCCUUCAGCCUCAGAGGUUUCUUUGAUGACGUGGUGGUUUAACUCAUGCGGGGCCAGCGGUCCCCGCGGUCCGACCCAGGCCCAGUGUGACAGCACCUACAGGAACAAAAACGUCAGCGUCACUGUGGGAAAGGAAGGCUCUCUGAAAGGCGUCCAGAUAUGGAGGGUGCCUGCGACCAACAGAUACCUGAUCUCUGCCUACGGGGCUGCAGGAGGGAAAGGAGCCAAAAACCACAACAAACGCAACCACGGGGUUUUCAUAUCCGCCAUCUUUCCUCUGGAGAAGGGAGAUGUUCUUUACAUCCUAGUGGGCCACCAGGGAGAGGAUGCGUGCCCAGGGAGAAAUCCCCUAACCCAGAAAAUCUGCCUGGGAGAGUCGUCUGUGAUUGAAGACAACCUCAGUGAAGAGGCUGGUGCAGAGUGGGCGGGUGGAGGAGGUGGAGGAGGAGGAGCAACCUACAUCUUUAAGAUGGAGGGAGGGGAGCUGGUUCCUUUGCUGAUUGCUGCUGGCGGAGGAGGAAAUGCAUAUAUGGAAGACCCAGAGUCCAGUUCUGACCAGAUUCCACUGGAGCAGUAUGAAAACAGCACCAUAGCUCCCAGUACGAGCGGUCGAACUGGUGCUGCAGGUGGAGGAGGAGGCUGGAAGGACAGUCCCAGUGCUAACCUGAGGGCAGGAAAGUCUCUGGUGGAGGGUGCUGAGGGGGGGUCAUCGUGUCCCCUUGCCCUGUCCAAACUCAGCUGGUCCACCUAUGGGGGCUUUGGAGGUGGAGGUGGAGCUUGCACAGCAGGAGGGGGUGGAGGAGGUUACAGAGGAGGUGACGCUGCGGUGACAGAUGAGAUCACGGCUGACGGCCAGAAUGGAAUCUCGUUUAUUCAUCCAACAGGAGAGAUUUUCCUUCAGCCUCUGGCAGCCAUGGAGAGUCACGGCGAGUGUGAGAUCAAGGUGCAGCUGAACUGCAGCCACUGUCAGACACAGAGCUGUAAACGGGAUGAAGACACCCACCUCGUCUUGUGUCUCUGUGAAGAUGACGAAGUCCUGGCCAGCGACAAUGUUACAUGCACCCGCACAGUGGCAGGUUCCCAAGGCUUGGCUCCACAGGGCCAAUUGUCCUCGUCUUUGAUCUUGGCAGUCGUGGCCUCCACCAUAGCGAGCGGAAUCGCUCUGAUCUGCGCCGGCGUCAUCCUAAUGUGGUACCGCAGGAAGAACUACCUGCUAGCAGUGAGGGGACGUCUGCAGAGUCCAGAGUACAAGCUGAGCAAGAUCCGCUCCUCCACCAUCAUGACGGACUACAACCCCAACUAUUGCUUUGCAGGGAAGGCCGCGUCACUCAAUGAGCUGAAGGAAGUACCACGCAAGAACAUUACGCUUCUCAGAGCUCUUGGCCAUGGCGCUUUUGGUGAAGUGUAUGAAGGACAAGUUCUGGGAAUGAGUGCUGAUAACAGUCCCAUGCAGGUGGCAAUAAAGACUCUUCCAGAAAUCUGCUCCGAACAGGAUGAAAUGGAUUUCCUGAUGGAGGCGCUGAUUAUGAGCAAGUUCAGCCAUGACAACAUCGUGCGCUGCAUCGGCGUCAGUCUGAACAUCCUGCCACGAUUCAUCCUGCUGGAGCUCAUGACUGGAGGAGACAUGAAGAGCUUCCUGAGACAGAACAGACCACGAGCUGGCCAGACCUCUUGUCUCACCAUGCGAGAGCUGCUGAGGAUGGCCAGAGACAUCGCCUUUGGGUGUCGCUACCUCGAGGAGAACCACUUCAUACACAGGGACAUAGCUGCUAGAAAUUGCCUUCUUACUUGCCCUGGACCAGACCGAGUGGCCAAAAUUGGAGACUUUGGAAUGGCGCGUGAUAUUUACAGAGCGAGCUAUUACAGGAAAGGCGGUCGUGCGAUGCUGCCAGUUAAAUGGAUGCCACCAGAGGCCUUCAUGGAGGGAAUCUUCACCUGCAAGACUGAUACAUGGUCAUUUGGAGUGCUGCUAUGGGAGAUCUUCUCUCUGGGUUACAUGCCGUAUCCCUGCAAAACCAACCAAGAGGUGCUGGAGUUUGUCACGAGUGGAGGCAGGAUGGAUCCUCCAAAGAGCUGCCCGGGGCCUGUCUAUCGGAUCAUGACUCAGUGUUGGCAGCACUGUCCCGAGCACCGGCCUAACUUUUCUUCUAUCCUGGAGAGAAUUAACUACUGUUCUCAGGACCCAGACGUGAUCAACACCCCCCUGCCAGUGGAGUACAGCCCCAACUCUGAGGACAAUGGUGGUUUAAUAAUCCGUCCCUCUGACCACACCUCCUCCAGCCUCACUCCUCUCCUGGUGUCCCACACUGUUUCCCAGGAUUCCUCCCAGCUUGGUCUCUCCUCCCUAGGCCUGGGUCCCAACCCUCUUACCCCACAGCCCACCAAACCCCGUCUCCUCCUCCAGAAAACCCAACCUGUCCACCAGGAAGUAACAUCAUGUCGUGAAGCUCUAGAGCCAUCCUGGGCUGAACCUGUACCCGCUCCAGGUUUGUCAGCCGCUUCCGCGUGUGCAGGAGGCCACUGGCUCCACCCUGAACCUCCUCAUCACCAGCCCUGCUCCAGGAACAGCUCCUCCUCAGGGAGCCAGAGGCUGAAGAACAAGACGAAGAACCUGUGGAACCCCACAUACGGUUCCUGGGUUUUGGAAAACUUCGGGGGGAAGAAAACACUUUCUCACACUCAGUCCAUGCCGCUCUCAAGCUCAUCUACCAGCAGCUCUAACACGCAGGCUCCUCCGACCUGCAGCCCGACUUUAGAGAGCCGUGACACUGGAUGUGAGAGCCCUUCAAGCUUCUGCACCUCCUCAACUCCACCCCCUUCCUGCCAAGCUCAAGCUGCAAUGAGCCCAUCAUCCCAUAAGAUGCCAACUGGUGGCAGCUCUAAAGCUGGUAUGGACCUGGCUAAGCUGCAGAGUUUUCCUUGUGGCAACGUCAACUACGCCUAUGAUGAGCAAAGCUACGAGGCAGAGAGCCUGCCUCUGGUGAAGCCCAAAGAUCCAGAAGCCAUCACCAACACCAGCUCUGCCCCCAGCGUCUCCUCAGGAACCAGCCUGGGACUGGCGCUAGGCCUCCACACUUCCUCUUCCUGUAUGCCCAAGCUGCUGCUGAAGCGUCACGCCAGCUACGGACACGAAGACGUGAGAAGACACACCAAAGCUGAGAAACCAACGCGGGACAGAGACUCAGGUUUUUCUCUGUCCGAAGAUCUCAGUGUUACCCCGAUCUAAAAAAAAAACAAAAAAGUAUAACAAGGAAUCUUAAUUAUGUAAGGAUUAAAUCACAGCUGGAGUCCCUUUUCUCACAGCCAUGACAUCAGUUCUGCAUUUCGGGAACAGAUAGUACCUUCACAAGACCACGACAUCAAAUUAUCAAGAGUUCAUGGAAUGCUGGAAAACACUCAAACCCUCACACGCCACAAAAACUCCUCAACACUGUGAUACAAAAUGCAAACACUGGACUCAGAGCUCCAUACAGGGCUUCUGUUACACUGGUAGCUGAACGCUGAAACGAAGGACGUGAAGCCCUGCAAUCUCUAGCUGACAGAAGUAUCUGCUGUUUGACUUUGUUUAGAUUCCUAUUUUUACCCUUUAGUUUUUUUUUUAUGAAAGCUUUGGUGGUAUGUUUUUUUUGUUGCAUCAUAGUAACUUUUUUUUGUAGUUUGUAGUUUGCAGUGUACAGUACGAACCAAAAACAGGAUGGAAAAUAUUGAGCCAUUGGGAAGAAAAUCUUAAAGCAUGCUAUUUUGAGGGAAAACUAUAAUGUCAAAGGUUUCAAACUCAGAAAAUGUCUGAGAGUUACCAAAACAUUUCUUUUUCCUGAUGUCUCAAUAUUCACUUGAACUGUGGGAGGUGUCAUGGACGGCUUGUAGAGUUUGCUGGGAAAAUAUUUGCUAUUUUUGUACUUACCUUCAUACAACUGGACUAACCCAUUGCAUUUGUAUCUGUUUUAUUUGUAUGCGUUUAUGUUAUUGAUGGAUUUGUAUUUGUAGUUGAUCACUGCCAUUUGAUACCUCUAUGCUGCAUCUGCUAAAGCAGUGCCGGUAAUUCCUAUGUUUACUCAGCAGGGGGAGGUAUUCAGCUUUUAAUAUAGCAAACAUGCUGCUGCAGGUAACUCAUUUGAAACAGUUAAGACUUAACUGUUGAAAUGUAACUUCAGUAUUUAUGUUUUCAAGUUAUUCUUUUUUAGUCAAUUAGAUAGAUUUGUGUUUUUAUUUUUCACCUUAACAUGUUUAUUCUUUUUAUUUUGUAAAUAAAUAAAUUCAUUUCUUUUGAAUACAUUUAUUUACAAAAUAAAGCAAGACAUUUAUUUAUUUUGUAAAUAAAUGAAUAACAAUACAUGAAUAGUUGAAUUUACAAAAGCGUUCUUUACGUUUAUUGGAUGUUUUUAUUCCCAGGCCUGCUGGGCAUUUUUCUUUCACACACACUGUAAAGUUUUCUAAAUUCUUUAUGUAGCUGAGGAAGUUUUUACACCUCAAUCCAAAAAUGCACUCUAUGCAAAUAUACUGUACUUCACACGUUCAUCUUACCUAACUGUGCCAUAAAUA